AUGAAAAUUUUAGCUAAAUUUAUUUUACCCUUUGCAGUAUUUACUGCUCUUGUCAGUUCUUCUCCUCUACCACAAGAACCUCCCGCUCCCGGUCCUGCCCUUCCUUCUGGUGGAGAGAAAAAAAUUGUUGUAGUAGGACCAGGUCCGGGUCCUUGGUCUGUUGGCUCUGAACAAGUUGCUACUUGGUGGUCUACAGGAUUUACUUCAGAUGAUCCAAUAACUGUCACUACUCAUGAGGAAAGUGGUACCACACCAAUCUUUAGCGCAGAUUCUACUCUUAAUAAGGGAAGCACACAAAUACCAAUCGACGAUAAAUAUACACCUGGAACUAAUUAUGUAACUGAAGUCAGUCUUAAAUCAGAUCCUUCGAUUAAAGGUAUUGGCCCAGCCUUCACAGUUACAGGGGGAGGUGGUGGUGGCGUACCUAAAGCAGCACCGGGGCCACCACCUCCACCUGGCGGUCCAUCAGGUGGUCCUCCACCACCUGAUUCUGCUGGUGGUAAAGAACCUGAACCAAGCGGUAAAGGUCCUGAACCAAGCGGUAAAGAACCUGAACCAAGCGGUAAAGGUCCUGAACCAAGCGGUAAAGAACCUGAACCAAGCGGUAAAGAACCUGAAGUUCCCGGUGGUCCUCCACCACCGCCUGAUGCUGGUGGUCCCCCACCACCUGAUUCACCCAAAGCUAAAUAG